AUGGCGGACAUCCUCGCUUCGGCCGGGGCGCAGGAGGACUCUUCCGCGCCGCCCGAGACCCUCCUCGGCCUACCAGCCAGCCUGGUUGCGCGGAUGCAAUCCGACACGCUCGCCUGGCAGGCCGUGGGCGGUAUCCUCAUCGGUGCCGGCGCGUCGCUGCUGCCCGCGCCGUGCUCGCUGCUGCCGUACCCGUGGCCGAGCGAGCUCUUCGAGCAGUCGCGCGCCCUUGCGGUCCCCUUCAACGCGCUCGUCGAUCGCGUAGCGCGCGAUGUCGACUGGCUGCACGCGGCCACGCGCUCGGUCGUGAAGCAGGACGCGUUCACUGGCCGGCUGCUCCAGCUCUCCGAGUCGGUGCACGCCGAGGGCCCGACGCAGCCGCUGCAGCUCGGCAUCUACCGCUCCGACUACAUGAUGAGCAGAGAUAAGCUGCUCCGGCAGGUCGAGCUAAACACGAUCUCGUCCUCGUUCGGCUCCCUGUCGGGCAAGCUCUCAGCGAUGCACGCGGAGCUGCUCCCGCGCUGGAUGUCGGAGACAAGUCUCAGUUUGCCGGCGGAAGCCGUUCCGCCGCGUGAAGACGCCGUCUUCAAACCGCGCGGCCACUGCACUUGCGCGCGUCCACGAGUUCUCAUGGUGGUUCAGCCCGCCGAGAGGAACGUCACCGACCAGCGCGGCAUCGAGGCCUGCCUCUGGCGCUCGCACGGCGUGCCGCUCGUCCGGAUGACGAUGGCAGAGGUGGAGGCGGCCGGCAAGCUGAGCGGGCCGGAGCGGCGCCUGUUGCUGCCGGACGGCGCUUCCGUGGUCUACUUUCGCGCCGGCUACACGCCGAACGACUACCCGACGGCGCGAGGGGGAUGGUCCGGCCGCGAGCUGCUCGAGCGAUCGCACGCCAUCAAGUGCCCCUCGAUCGGGCAGCACCUCGCGGGCACCAAGAAGGCGAUCUCGCGCGCCCGCGUGCAGCAGCUGCUCGCCGACGAGGCGGCGCUGGCCCGCUUCGCCGGCGGCGCGGAGGAGGCGGCACUGCUGCGCACCUGCUUCGCCGGCCUGUACGGCCUGGACGAGGGCGAAGACGCGGCUUGUGCCGCCGGCUUGCCUGCACUCAUAGCCCUUCGACUCGUGGGGGGGGGUGGGGGCAACAACCUCUUCGACGAGGAGCUCGCCGAGGCGCUCCGGACGAUGGGCGAGGAGGAGCGCUCUGGCUACAUCCUCAUGGAGCGGAUCCGGCCGCCGACCGCGCCGGCGGUGCUGAUGAAGGGGGGGCAGCUGGUGGCGGGAGAGUGCGCGGCGGAGCUCGGCGUGUACGGCGUCUUCCUCGGCGACGGCCAGCGCACGGUCCUCAACCGCGCCGCCGGCCACCUCCUGCGUGUCAAGCAGGCCUCCGUCAACGAGGGGGGCGUCGUCGCCGGCUUCGCCGCCCUCAGCUCGCCGCUCCUGUUCCCGUGA